CAGCCCCGGGAUUCCUGUCUCUGCGGUGGCGCGCCUAAUUACGCUGGGAACAGACGCCCUGGUGUCUUUGCACCUGACCGACGUUACUUUCCGAGUUUUCAAGUCGGCCUUGCACACUAGGUAGUUCACCUCCAUUUUGGAGCUGAGGCCGAACUGAGACUCAGGUAAAAUGACUUGCCCAAGAUCAUACAGCUUAAGGAACGAGGGGUCAUCAAACUUUGGUGUAUGUGUUGGCCAGUUUUGACAUCUCCUUGAAGGAGCGCUGCAUUGAGGAAGAUCAAAAGACUGUUUGCAAAUUUUAGGGAAUGGACCGUUUGGGUUCCUUUAGCAAUGAUCCCUCUGAUAAGCCACCUUGCCGAGGCUGCUCCUCCUACCUCAUGGAGCCUUAUAUCAAGUGUGCUGAAUGUGGGCCACCUCCUUUUUUCCUGUGCUUACAGUGUUUCACUCGAGGAUUUGAGUACAAGAAACAUCAAAGUGAUCAUACUUAUGAGAUCAUGACCUCAGAUUUUCCUGUUCUUGACCCCAGCUGGACUGCUCAAGAAGAAAUGGCUCUUUUAGAAGCUGUGAUGGACUGUGGCUUUGGAAAUUGGCAGGAUGUAGCCAAUCAGAUGUGCACCAAGACCAAGGAAGAGUGUGAGAAGCACUAUAUGAAGCAUUUCAUCAAUAACCCUCUGUUUGCAUCUACCCUGCUGAACCUGAAGCAGGCGGAGGAGGCAAAAACUACUGACACAGCCAUUCCAUUUCAUUCUACAGAUGACCCUCCGCGACCUACUUUUGACUCCUUGCUUUCUCGGGACAUGGCAGGAUACAUGCCAGCUCGAGCAGAUUUCAUUGAGGAGUUUGACAAUUAUGCAGAAUGGGACUUGAGAGACAUCGAUUUUGUUGAAGAUGACUCUGACAUUUUACAUGCUCUGAAGAUGGCUGUUGUAGAUAUCUAUCAUUCCAGGUUAAAGGAGAGACAAAGGCGAAAAAAAAUUAUAAGAGACCAUGGAUUAAUCAACCUUAGAAAGUUUCAGUUAAUGGAACGGCGGUAUCCCAAGGAAGUCCAAGACCUUUACGAAACAAUGAGGCGAUUUGCGAGGAUAGUGGGGCCAGUGGAGCAUGACAAGUUCAUUGAAAGCCAUGCACUGGAAUUUGAACUCCGAAGGGAAAUCAAGAGGCUCCAAGAAUACAGGACAGCAGGCAUUACCAAUUUUUGUAGUGCCCGAACCUAUGACCACCUCAAGAAGACGCGGGAGGAAGAGCGCCUUAAGCGCACCAUGCUCUCUGAGGUGCUCCAGUACAUCCAGGACAGCAGUGCUUGCCAGCAGUGGCUCCGUCGGCAAGCCGACAUUGAUUCUGGCCUGAGCCCUUCUAUUCCGAUGGCUUCAAAUUCAGGUCGACGAAGUGCACCACCCUUGAACCUCACUGGCCUUCCUGGCACAGAGAAGCUGAAUGAAAAAGAAAAGGAGCUCUGUCAGAUGGUGAGGUUGGUCCCAGGAGCCUAUUUAGAAUACAAAUCUGCUCUGUUGAACGAAUGUAACAAGCAAGGAGGCUUGAGACUGGCGCAGGCAAGAGCACUCAUCAAGAUAGAUGUGAACAAAACCCGAAAAAUCUAUGAUUUCCUCAUCCGAGAAGGAUACAUCACUAAAGCCUGAGGCUCUGAGGGCCUGGGAUCAGAAAUCACAAGUUUGGAAUGCCGAGGGCCGAAGGACAGCACGGGCGCUCUGGAGCGUUUCGUUGCUGAGCUGAAUUCUCAUUGUAAAAAGAGAGGAGGACAAAGGGAACCUUACGUUGUAUUAAUAUCUCCUUUCUUCUCCACCCUGCUUUAAAACACUCCUGUUGUUGGUGUUGUGCUGCAGAGUUAUGUGCUAGAUAAGCUAUUAUUAAAUGUGAGUGGGCCUUUAUUCCCAACACCUCUUGUAACUAAAACAAGAACCAUAGUACCUCCCAUCAGAGUGUCGGUGGAAAUAGAACUGAACCAGGCUGUGGUCCCAGGAGUCCAGCUCAGAUCUUUGUACUUGGGAGGCUGGUUUUCUGAUUAUGUUUUGCUUUCAAACAUUACAGAAAGAUCUAAAAUAAAGAGAAAGGUUAUAGAGCAUGAGAAAGCUUUCUCUUCCCUUCUGAGGAUUUUUUAAGCUGACGACUUAACGUUUAUGAGCAAAUGGGAGGAAAAAAUCUCUCCGUGAUGGUCUUGUCCCAAACUACGUCUUUCCCUUUUAAUGUCUGGCUUUGUACUUUGCAGUCUGUCUAAUGUGCAGUAGACUUUUGAGGAGAUGGCACCGGAUAUAAAAUGUCUCUGUUAUUUUUAGAAUUAAUGGAUUAAAAUGUUUUGCUACUUAA